GUCUGUCUGAGCUCCUGGGACGGGCAGGAUGCAGCAGGUGGGACUCGUGCUGGUGGCCUUGGCUGCCUGUGUGGCUCUCCACACCUCAGAAGCCAUACUUCCCAUUGCCUCCAGCUGUUGUACUCAAGUUUCACAUCACAUUUCUAGAAGGCUUCUGGAAAGAGUGACUGCAUGUCGCAUUCAGAAAGCUGAUGGGGACUGUGACUUGGCUGCCGUCAUCCUUCGUGUCAAACGCAGAAGGAUCUGUGUCAGCCCCCACAGUCACAUUAUUAAGCGGUGGAUGAGAGAACACGCCGUCAAGAAAAAUGCUAGUGGCAACAUCUGCCACAAGAAGAAACACCACAGCAAGAGGAGCCAUAUGGAGGCACGUCACAGGAGACGGCAAGUGCAAGACUAUGGAACUCCUUACUAGGGCUUACAGACGGCUCUACAAAGACAAUUCCUAAGUGAGCUUGGCCAUGGUUACAAAUGUAUCGUGAGAAUGUUUCUUAUUGGGAACCAACAGGGCACACACACAAAAAUCUAUUUUUUAAAAGAAACAAGUAUACAGUAUGCAAACAUAAUAAUAAAUUCAAUUGAAAAAAUUUUAAAAUAACACUUAUUUUCACAGAGUAUUUAAAAGCAGCUUGCCAGUACUAUUUCUCCAACUUUUUAAUGUAAAGUUGACCAAAUCUGGGGUACAGAUAGGUAGCAUAAUGGUUCUGCAAAGACACUCUCAUGCUGGGGCUGGGUGGUGGCAUACCUGGCUGAGUGCACAUGUUACAGUGCACAAGGACCUGGGUUUGAGCUCCCAGUCCCCACCUGCAGGGGGAAAUCUUUGCAAAUGGUGAAGUAGUGUUGCAGUUGUCUUUCUUUCUCUCUUCCUAUCUCCCCCUUCCCUCUAGAUUUCUGGUGGUCUCUAGCCAAUAGAUAAAUAAAGAUAAUAAAAAAAAUUAAUAAGUGAGCGUUCACUGUGUGAAGCCUCCACACUACCAUUUCCCCUCACAGCCUUUUCAUCUGGUCAUUAUCUCCUCUCUUCCCUUUAUUGUCUUUUCUUUUUAAUCCUGAAUUUUUUUUCCUUAUUAAGACAUAUUUAAUGUUCCUCCCAACACACCCAUCCAAAAAAACACAAAACACAUAUGUCCUUAGCAGCACAAUUUGUAAUAGCCAAAACCUGGAAGCAACCCAGGUGUCCAACAACAGAUGAGUGGCUGAACAAGUUGUGGUCUAUAUACACAAUGGAAUACUACUCAGCUAUAAAAAAUGGUGGCAUCACCACUUUCAGCCGAUCUUGAAUGGAGCUUGAAAAAAUCAUUUUAAGUGAAAUAAGUCAGAAACAGAAGGAUGAAUAUGGGAUGAUCUCACUCUCAGGCAGAAGUUGAAAAACAAGAUCAGAAGAGAAAACACAAGUAGAACCUGAACUGGAAAUACAGGUCCAAGAAGGAUGACAGGGGACCUAGUGGGGGU